ACAGCUCAGAGAGAUGGCGAAAUAACCCAACGUUUUUAAUUUCGGCACAGAUUUUCCUUCUAUAAAUACGGCACUCGCAAGCCAAUCGACACAAUCAAACCAACACACACGAGAGAAAGAGAGAGAGAGAGAGAUGGGGGGCGAUCAAAUCGACGUUCUGAACAAAACCGGCGAGAAGAACGGCGUGUCCAAACCCAGGGGAGUUCAUGUCUGGAUUUUCGUAGAGAGUACGCAAGAACUUCUCCUCCGACGCCGUCCUGAGAAAAAAGAUUUACGGCCAGCUCAGUGGGACAUCUCCAGCUGUCAUAUACCAGCUGGUGGCUCGUCGCUUAUGUCCGCCCAGCAGGGGCUUCAGGAGGAGCUGGGCAUAGAACUUCCAAAGGAUGCCUUUGAAAAGAUAUCUGCCUCUCUGCAACAAGGCUGCUCUUCUAUUACGCACAGUGUCACCAACGAUGGCAAAUACGUGAAUAACGAGUUCAAUGAUGUGUAUCUCGUUACAAUUCUGGAUCCGAUUCCAUUGGAGGCCUUUGCACUUCAGGAUGAGGAAGUCUCCGCUAUAAAAUACAUAUCUUACGAAGAAUACAGAAGUCUUCUGGCUAAGGAAGAUCCUUCUUACGUGCCACAUGACGUAAAUGGAGAUUACGGCCAAAUAUUUGGCAUAAUCAAGCGAAGGUACCAAGUGAACACCGAGGAACGUAGUUUAUCUCUGCAGAAGCAACUCCAGAGAUAUGCUCCUGUCACACUUGAAGCACAGACGCAGUUGACAGAACUUUCCGAGGCGGAUCAAAAGGCGCUGCGUCUAAUUGUGAAAGCUGCGAAAAUUGUCGAUGACAUAUUCUACGAGCAGGUUUGGUGCAACAAUCCAGCUUUAAGAGAUUGGCUGAAGGAGAGUGCAAAUGCAUCAGAACUGGAUAAACUGAAAUGGGCAUACUUCCUCAUCAACAAGUGUCCAUGGUCUUCCCUCGAUGAAAAUGAAGCAUUCUUGACUACUGCAGAUUCGGCGGUGAAGUUGUGUCCUGAUGCAACAAAGUCGAUUGCUGGAUGGAAGGGCCUUGAAUAUAGAGCAGCGUUUCCUUUGAUCAAGCCUCCCGGCGCUAACUUCUAUCCUCCCGACAUGGAUAAAGCAGAGUUUACGUCAUGGCUCAACAGUCUCGAGGAAGAGCAAAAACAUGAUGUCACGGGGUUUUUCAGUGUUAUAAGGAGACAAGGUGAAGCUAAUAGGUUGUCAGACUCUAAUUCGGGUCUCUAUAGCACUCCCUAUUCGGAAAUAUAUCGUCCUUUCCUCGUAAAAGCUUCUGAACUGUUGCACAAAGCCGGAGACCUAUCUAGUUCACCGAGUUUGAAGAAGCUUCUACACAGCAAGGCUGAUGCCUUUCUCUCGAACGACUACUACGAAUCGGACAUCGCAUGGAUGGAUUUGGAUUCGAAAUUGGAUAUUACUAUCGGUCCUUACGAGACAUACCAAGACGAACUCUUCGGAUACAAGGCUACGUUUGAAGCGUUCAUUGGAAUUCGAGACGAUAAAGCCACAUCCGAUCUCAAACUCUUCGGGGACAAUCUAAAGCUUUUGGAAGAAAAUCUUCCGCUCGACAAUAUGUACAAAUCGAAAGAGGUAACUGCUGCUCCGAUCCGGGUCAUCCAGCUAAUUUACAAUGCAGGAGAUGUGAGGGGUCCUCAAAUUGUUGCCUACAAUUUACCGAACGAUGAACGGAUCGUAAAAGCAAGAGGAACGUCGAUGGUUAUGCUAAAGAACGUUCAAGAAGCGAAGUUCAAGCAUAUUCUUAAGCCGAUAGCCGAAAUCUGCAUCAGCGAAGAACAGAGGAAGUUUGUUGACUUCGACUCUUACUUCACGCAUACCAUUUGUCACGAGUGCUGCCACGGGAUCGGUCCUCAUACCAUCACUCUUCCCGACGGCCGAACUUCUACUGUCAGACAGGAACUGCAAGAACUCCAUUCUGCUAUGGAAGAAGCGAAAGCAGACAUCGCCGGUCUUUGGGCACUGAAAUUUCUCAUCACCAAGGGUUUGCUUUCAGAGGCUAUGAAAGAGACCAUGUAUGUUUCCUUCCUAGCAGGGUGCUUCCGCUCUGUCCGGUUUGGCCUCACAGAAGCUCACGGUAAAGGACAGGCGCUGCAAUUCAACUGGUUAUACGAGAAGGGCGCCUUCGUUUUCCACGACGAUAACACAUUCUCCGUCGAUUUCGCAAAGGUGGAAGACGGGGUUGAGAGUCUAAGCCACGAGAUACUCACCAUACAAGCAAGAGGCGACAAAAACGCAGCAUCAUCGCUUCUUGACAAGUACUGCACUAUAACAAAGCCAUUGAAGACAGCUCUGGAUAAGCUUGAGAGUAUAAAGGUACCGACUGAUAUAGCUCCCACAUUUCCAAUAGCGGAUUCGAUGAUGGAGUGAGAGAGAGCCGUGGGGGAACCAUAAUGUCGGUUUAUUUCUGAAUAAAGUGAAGGCCAUUUGGGUUUUGCCUUAUCCAAUUAAAUAAAUAAAUAAAAAGGGCAGUUAUUGAAUAAAAUUGUUUUUUGUGUUUUUUUUUCA